GAGCUGCCGCCGAAGUGCCGCCGAUCACGGCUUUAUCUUUUCUUUUCUUUUUUCUGCUUCGCCGCUUGGGGCGGCAAAAACGCUGGAGCCGGCCCUGGCCAUUCAUAAGGGCUCAUCCGGGAUGGCUGGUUGGAGCUGCCCGGCCUGCCAGCGGAGCGUUGGCGUAACCGCCCCCUGGCUGCUUUGGAUCCAGCUCUGAACCCUGGGCAGGUGGGUCUCGGUGGGAUCCUUUCCUUGUGGGGAUGUUUGCACCCAUUUACAGACCAUGUCCUUGGGGUGUCUGCGCAGCGCUCGCCCCAGAUCCGGUCUCCGGGGACCGGCCCUUGCUCCACUGGGCCUGUAGCCUCCCUUAACAGCCGGCUACGCCCAUGUUGGCCUGGAAUGCCCAGCGCACAGAGCCAGCCGCUCGCUGCACGAGCCCUGGGAACUACAGCACAAGAGAGCAUCCUGUCCUGGCUUGUUUCCCCCACCCCCUGCUCACAGCUGGACCCAGUUCUUCCACAGCAUGACAUCAGCACCCCCUACUGGUGUCCAAGGGUAUCGCUCAGCUCCUGCCAGGGGGAGAACAGGACCCCUGGAUUUAUCUCGAGUGUCUAACCUCUUCUUGCUCUUUGAACUUAACCCUGUGGGGCAUGUCACUGUCCCCCUGGUGUGUGAGCAGCACAGACCCUUCAACAUCUGCCGGGGGUUGCCAGCGCGUUACUGCUUGGGAGAUAAAUCCAGAGCUGCUGCACUGACAGACUCGAGCCAGGAGAAACAGCCUCCCUUUAAUGUGGCCGGCAGAGCUUCUGAUGUGGUUUCCGGAGCUUUGGCACCAAGCCGACUCCACACGGGCUGGCCGCACACGGAUCUGCCGAGGGAAGCUGUGUCGGUCAGGAACGAACCCGCCGGCGCUCAGAUAGGCCAAGACGAGCCGAGCCCCUCCAGGGCCGGACCGGGCAGGCGAUCACUGAGAGGACGGGAUCCCAAGCAGCGUCGUCCGGGAAGACGGAGCGCAUCCAGGCUGGCGGGCGUAGCGGGAAACGUUUGAUUGCACCCGAGCUGGGGGAGAGACGGGCGACCGCAAUCUCCUCCCCACGCGCACAGCUGGCGGCGGAUGGCACUGGGAUUAUUACGGAGGGCUGGGCUGAUGGCUGCAUGCGCUUGACCCCUCGGGGCUGCCUCUGAUCCCCGCGCUCCCGGAGUGGGAGGCUGGCAGCCGGAGCUGCGACUCUGGGGCUGCCCGGGGGGGGAGAGUUAGACAUUCUGGGCACAGCUCUACCGACCUCCUCUUUUCGCCCCUCACAACCCAGCUCUGAUCCCAGCCCACUGCCCUUUCUCAGCCCCUCCCAAGGCCCGCUGGGCCCGGCGGAGAGCGCGUGGCGUGCGAGUGACCCCUUGCUGCCAGCUUCCCGCCAUGGCCUCGUCGGACGGUUUGCAGUACCGCGCGCUCUACGAGUAUCAGAAGGGCCGAGAGGAGGACCUGGCGCUGUGCCCCGGGGACCUGGUCACCGUCAGCAAGGCGGGACUGCUGGGCGCGGCCGACUACCAGGAGGGGGACGAGAGGCGCCCCAAGGGCUGGCUGAACGGCUUCAACGAGCGCACCAAGGAGCGGGGCGACUUCCCGGGCACCUAUGUGGAGUACCUGGGCCCUGUGAGGAUUGUGCCCAGCGCUCUCAAGGCUCGGCCCAGGCCUGUGCCCCCCACCCCCACCAGCCAGCUGUGGGGACCCGCUGGGCAGGCCGAGGUUGCAGAGUUAAGGCUCCCCGAACAGGCACCUCUGAUUGUAGUGAGACUCAUUGAAGCUUUGGAAAAACAAGGCAUCGACAAUGAGGCUCUUUACCGAGCCCCUCCUGGCUCCUUCAGCAACCCUGAGCUCAAACAGGCUCUUCUGACAGAUGCAGCAGCUGUAGACACGGACCCGUUUGAUGGGCAGACGUUGGCCGAGGCACUGAAGUGGUACCUCCACGAGCUCCCAUGCCCUGUGAUCCACCCUGCAAUCUACAGCGAAUUAGUCUACACUGCUCAAGAAACCCAGAGCCUGGAAGAGUGCGGCCAGCGGGUGAAGAUGGUCCUGGAGUCGCCCACCCUCCCCCAGCAGCACGGCCUCCUCCUGCAGCACCUCACCAGCCAUUUCUGCAAACUGGGUCAGAACGGCAGCAAAAGCCACCUCACCCCCAGGGCCCUGGGGGAGCUCUUCGGCGACGUGCUCUUCCGCCCACCGGCGUCAAGCACGGAGGUGAACUCAGAACACCACGCGAAGAUCAUCGAGGCUCUCAUCGUAGCCGGAGGCGUGGCCGAGAUGCAAGCUGCACCCGCUCACGUGCACAAGCUGAUGGGCCAGAGAAAUCAGCACCAGCGGCUGUAG